UAUAAUUUAAAUAUUUUAUAUUUAAUGUACCACAUCAAACUAAUCCAUUAAACUGAAUAUAUCAUAAUUUCUGUACCCUAAUUAAGCAAUUCUUUAUGCUUUAAUUUCCCCAGAAUCUAAAAAAAUAGAUCCAGGUGACCCCUGGGGCCCCUAUGCCCGUCCCAGUCACCCUCUUUAGAGAGGUGUGUGACUUACAGCCUCUCCCACCCCUACCCCCCCUGCCAAGCCCGGCUCCACUCUUCAAAGCGUGGGUUUGGAGCUGGUCUCCGAAGGGGGCCGAAGGUGUGAGUUUGCAGGAGAGGCGGAUCUUACUCUCAGAGCCCCCUCCUCGGGGGAGGAGCCACUCGGACUCGGGCCCCGCCCACUCUAGGCAGGCUCGUGGGGCGGGGCUCUGUCGGCUUGGGGAGGGGAGAGCACCUGCCCCGCCCUGCACCUCAUCCCUAACUAACCCGGCUUGAUCCAGCUCAGCCCCGAGGUGUUUGAGGCAGCUCUUUCCGUUAAGUCGAGCCAUCUGUUACCUGCGUUGCUUCCUGGGGGGGAGAGUCCACCUUGAGGCGCUCCAGAGACCCGAUGCCAGCUGCAUUGAAGGGGGGAAACCCGCCUUCUUGCCCCCAGCAUGGAAGAGGAGGAGCUGCCAUUGCCGAGGGGAGGGCUGGACGUGUCUGAUGCCUCUAUCCCAGGCUGCACGCUGGGGGCCCUGUACUGGGCCUGUGUCCGAAAUGACUCUGCCCAGCUCCAAGCCAUCCUGGAUGAUGGGGUCUCCCCAGAGGAGGCCACCCAGGUGGACGGCAAUGGGAGGGUGAGUCACCCCACUCGUCCUGGGAAUUUCAGGAUGGCAUCCACUGCCUGGGUCCUCAGGAGGAAGGGAGAGAGUGGGUCUUCACAGGAACUGGGACAUCCCUGGGUCAGAUGUGGAUUUAAAGGGCCCAGGGCCCCCAAGAAGCUCCAGGAGGGAAGCACGGGGGCUGAGCUGCCCCUCCCCCAGACAGGCCUCAUGGUCGCAUGCUACCAUGGCUUCCGGAGUGUCGUGGCUCUGCUCAGCCGCUGUCCUUUCCUGGAUGUGAACCAGCAGGACAAAGAGGGGGACACAGCCCUCAUGCUGGCUGCCCAAGCAGGCCACGUGCCUCUGGUGAGUUUCCUGAUCAACUACUACGCGGGCCUUGACCUGGAGCGCCGGGACCAGCGGGGGCUGACAGCGCUGAUGAAGGCUGCCAUGCGGGACCGUUCGGAAUGCGUGGCUGCCCUCCUCAUGGCAGGUGCUGACCUGACUGCAGUGGAUCCUGUCCGAGGCAAGACGGCCCUGGAGUGGGCAUUUCUGACCGACAGCUUCGACACAGUACAGAGGAUCCGGCAGUUGCUGCGACGGCCCCAAGUGGAACAGCUGAGCCAGCAUUACCAACCCGAGUGGCCAGCUUUGCCCGGGCUUGUGGCCCAGGCCCAGGCUCAGGCCACCCCAUCUCUCCUAGAACGACUCCAGGCCACCUUGAGCUUCCCCUUUGCCCAGUCUCCUCAGGAGGGGGGUGUCCUGGACCACCUUGUGACCAUCACGACCAGCCUGGCCAGUCCUUUUCUCAGCACUGCCUGCCACACCCUGUGCCCUGACCACCCACCUGCACUGGGCACCCGAAGCAAGUCCGUGCCAGAGCUGUUAGUGGAAGCUGGAGCCCAGAUCUGCAGGGAAUCGAAGCCUGGCCCUUCCUGUCUGGAGAUACCAGGAGCUCAGGAUGGAGAGGAGGAGGCAGGAGGAGUCCAGAUUGGCAGAGAGCCAGGGGAAGAUGGGCUAGACCAGACUGGGAGCAGGUAAUCAGGCCCUUUCCUUAGGCUCCUUUGCUGUCUAGAGCCCCUUCUGCCUUCCCAUCUACCUCUGUCUAAGUGACUCUACUCUCAGCCUGUGCACCAGGUCAUUCAUACAGCAUCAUGUGCAACAAUAAAAGAAUGGAAAUGA